GGUCGGCGGUGGCCGUGUGGUGGCGGCGGGCGGAGCCGGGCUCGACUCGUUCCGGAGGCCGUGAGGGAGGCGCCCGGGGGCGGUCGCGGAGCGAUGGAGCGGCUGGAGCGGUGCUGCCGCUCGCUGCGCGCCGGGCUGGCGGCCGGGGCCGUCCGCCGCCGGCUGCCCUGGGUGCUGCUCGGCAUCGUCCUCCUCGGGUCCGCCCUGAAGGACGGCGACCUGGUGCCGGAGACGCCCAUGCAGAACAAGCGCAACCUGCUCAACGUAUACUUUGUCAAGGUGGCUUGGGCAUGGACAUUCUGGCUUCUGCUGCCCUUCAUUGGAGUUACCACCUACCUUUUUGCCAAGAGCAAGUUCCUCUAUGGCCACACGAAGAGCAUUUUGACAGCUCUGCGGCGUCUUAGUGCACUGCUGGUGGGCACUGCCAUCUGGUACGUCUGCACCGGACUCUUCGUGUAUAUCGAGAAUCUCACCGGCAUGUGCUCUACCUCGGGUAAACACAACGAGCCUCGCCAGCUGUACGCCACCAAGCAGGAGUGCCACCAGGACAAUGGAAUCUGGAAUGGUUUUGAUAUCUCAGGGCACUGUUUUCUGCUCUCGUACUGUGCUCUGAUGAUUGUGGAAGAAAUGGCAGUGCUGGAAGGCUUGUCCAUAGACCAGAACUCAAAGCUGCGUGUUGUGGUCAACAGCCUUUUUGUUUCCUUGUGUUUUCUCACCAUGAUCUGGGUAUUCAUGUUUGUGUGCACUGCCGUAUAUUUCCAUGAUUUCAGUCAAAAGCUUCUUGGUGCGCUGAUAGGUUUGUCAGCUUGGUAUGUAACGUACAGAGUUUGGUACUUGAAACCAUUUUCUCCUGGACUACCUCUCCCAAAUAUACCUUUGAGUUCAAAGAAAUACAGCUAUAGCAGAUAAAAGAAGUUUUUAAACACUUUGAAUUUUGCUUUCAGUACUGGGGUAGUUGAAUAUAGGAACGGUUACAGUAUUUCCACUGUAAGGAACAAGAUGAUGGGCUGGGGCAGAGAACAAUCUUUACUAGCUGAUGGCUGGCAGGUGGUAAUGAGAUUUGUCCUCAUGAGAAAAAAAAAUGGUAUUGGAAAAGGUCAGCUGUUGUUUAGGAGUUUCUGGUAGGCAUUCUCAGCAAAGGAAUAAGAAGUUGGAUUUGUUUCUCUUAUUGAUAAAUUGAGGAACAGAUCCUCUAAGACUGACAGAGGCCUUUGCUCUUUAGGAGCUUAACUGAUCUUAAGUCAAUUCUUUUUCUUCCCUCUUGGUUUGUUUUUGUCAAAAAUACCAGGGAUGAUCCAAACCUCAUAUUCUUUUUAAUGCUCUACUUGUAUUGCCUUAGGGGAAAUCUCUCAUAAUGAUAGUGCUGCUAACUGCUGCAAUAGGCUUGGCCAAAAAUAUUCACUUGUUAAAGCAGCAUAUAGCUCUGUUUUGAAACUAGAACAUCUCAUGUUAUCAAACGUUAAAUACACCAACUUGCCACAAAUCCUUGUUAGGUGUAUGCACAAUCUGCAACAAAGAGAGUGAACCUGACAUGUAAUGUCUUAAGCAGGUUGUGACUUCAAAUUUAUGCCUGCCUUUGGAAAGGAAACUCUUGAGUAACAAGUCUUAACUUUCUCCUUACAUGAAGUAUCUGUAGUCAAGUUUUGUCAUUUUAUUCUAGACACAAAAAGCAAGUCAAAUACGAGACUUGGAGGGGUUAUUUUUAUUUUUUUAAUUUUGCAAAUUGAGCACCUUACAAUAAAGGGUAUUGUCUGCUACGUUUCUUCCAGAAGAACAAUGAAAUUCUGGUGUUACGAACAUGUUGGCUUAAGCUGCCAUUUUCUGAAUAUUAUGCUUGGAAAUGAAUGAAACAUAUCAUUUAUCCUAAGCUGCAAAGCAGUGUGCUUGAAGCAAUACUUAUUCUUGCUUAUCCGGGUGUAUCAAUAAGCUGCUUAAUUUUGAUUGCACCUGAAGUUGCGGCCACUUCUGUUGUGGUUGGAAAGCCACUACUGAAUAAAACACUACUGUUAUAUAAUGAAUAGGUAUGAUAUGGGAUGGGUUUACUCAUCAUAUCAAUCAAACAUUUAGCGUAGUUUUUAUCUGGAAAAGCUUUUUAUUAUUUCAUAAAGGCUUAUUCAAGUCGCAGUUGCACAAAACUGGUUUGACAGUUGUAAAGAUGAACGAGACAGUCCAGAAGGUCUGUAGGCAAGGCUGUAGAUGUGUCUGUUGAUCUGAUAGUGGACGUGGUCUGUCUGCAGUGUUUGACUCCAAGUUGAUUAUUUUACUGAAUAUAGAUGAUGAUGCACCAUAGCCGCAUCUCGGCACAUUUUUUUUUGCCAUCUCAACAGCUCCUUUCCAAGUGAGUGGAAGUAUUUGCAGUAAAUACAACGAUGUUAAUUCCGCUAUUGUGGCCUGCCUCUGAGGAAAGCUGAAUUCCCUUGAAUUCAGUGGCAAGUGGGAGUUGUGCAUCCUCAGUAAGUACAAAUCACCUUUCAGAAAGAAGCUCUUUCAGGAGGUUAUGUAUUUUCUGUCAUUUGCCCUUUUUUUGGCAUUAAACUGCAUUUAAGCUGACUCUUUGGGAAACUUGCACUGAUUAACUCAUAUUGGGUUUAACUAACAAUGUGUUUGAACAAUGCAGAUCCAUUUGCUGACAUUCUUUUGAUGUAAUAUAAGCCUGCUCCCAAUUGAGUUAAGCUAGUCUGCAAGCAACUUUCAUCAUGAAAAAAGAUUAUAUACCCAGAAGGUCUUCUGAUUAAUUUCACUAGAUUUAAGUUUCUAUUUUAGGUUAUCUUUAUGUAACUUUGCUACAUAGACAAGGCCUAAUAACAGGAAAUGCUAUUUAUUUAAACUAACAGGGCUUGCUGAAAUUAUCUUCAGUGCCACCAAUGUUUUGUGCAAUCACUAUGCGGGUGUUUCUGUGCACUUCAGACCAGUGUCAUGCAGACUGUUUGUUAUGAAAAUAAUGUGGGAUAUGGCUGCUCUCAAAAUUUUAUUUAAACAA